AUGAAUUCAAUCAUAUACUUUGGUUUUUCAAACGAUCUGCGCCAAAGUAAUCUCUAUUCUCUUAAUUAUCAACAAAUAUCUCGUUUUGCAUUCAAAGAGUUCAUUGAUACCAUAAAAUUCACAAAUCGCAAAAGCAUUUUUCUCCGCACAUGCAAGGCCAACAAAGGUGUCAUAGUAGUCCAGCUAUUCUUCUCGAUAGCGGCUACACUAUUAAAAUACAUGAACCCUUUCUUCCAACAAAAGCUACUUGAAUAUAUCACCGAUUCUAAAGGACUCCCCUUAAGCACCGCUUAUACUUUUGUAUUUGGUAUGUUCUCUGUUGGAGUGGGCGAGGUACUCUUCAAUGGCAUCAGCUUGUGGGCCGGAAGACGCUGGAAUAUUCGCAUAUUUAUGAUGCUGGACGCCGAGAUCUAUGCAAAGACUUUGAAGCACAAGGACAUGUCUGGAAAAGUCGAGAAGAAAACACCAGAAGGACAAGAUGAAAAAUCCAAGAAGGAAAAGCCUUUUAGUAGUGUUGGCAAGAUCACUAAUUUGAUGAGUUUCGAUGCUGACCGCCUUGCCGACUUUCCUCUUAAUGCAACUAUGCUAUACACCUCUCCACUCGAAAUUUUUGUGGCCAUUUUUUACCUGUAUAAUUUGCUUGGAUUCGCUGCAAUUGUCGGACUGGGUAUCAUGGUCGUAUUUUCCCCGGUGACUGGAAUAAUUACAAAAAUCAUGACCAAGAGAUAUAAGGAAUAUUCAGCUGCCAAAGAUAAACGCAAUGCUUUGGUUAAUGAACUUCUACAGGGUAUUAGAAUGAUCAAAUACUUUGCUUGGGAAGAUAACUGGGAAAAGAGAGUUAUGGAGGCUCGUAAUACAGAACUCUCAAAACUCAUUAGAAAUCUGUCUGCCAACAUCUUAUUGUCCAUUACAUAUCUUGCUGUCCCGGCCUUGGUGUCUUCUGCCUCCUUCAUAUGGUACACAAAGAUAGCCGGAAAUGAUCUGACAGCUAGUGUGGCAUUUGUCAGUAUUACGCUGUUUACAAUGCUUCGCAACCCACUCAAUGGAAUCCCUGAUAUAAUCAACACCGUUACCGAGAGUUACGUCUGCUUAAAGCGUAUUGAAUCAUAUAUUGAGGAGCCCGAAAUUGGAGAUGGUAUUGUAAAUGAACCUAUCACUGUUCCCGAAGGUCCUGAGGUCAAGGAUGAUGCUGCUACCGAAGUAACUCCUGAUGAACAGCCCGUUUUCUCUCUCAAAGUUCCCGCCUUUGAGUUUCCAACCUCUGAACUUAGUAUCGUCUGUGGUCCGACCGGAAGUGGAAAGUCGAGUUUCUUGCAUGCCCUUCUGGGAGAAAUGGAUAUCGUCUCUGGACGUGUUUACUUGCCUUCCAAGACCAAGCUAGAUCUUGAUACUACAUAUUCUGUCGUUGAUCCCGAGUAUCCCUCUCUCGUCCUGAAUAAGGUUGCAUAUGUAGCCCAGCAAGCCUUUUUACAACAUGCCUCGAUCCGUGACAAUAUCCUGUUCGGCCAAGAAUUUGAUCCAGUUCGCUACAAGAAGGUGCUUUCCCAGUGUGCCCUCGUCAAGGAUCUCUCCAUCUUUUCAGACGGCGAUCGUACCGAGAUUGGUGAGAAAGGUAUCUCUUUAUCUGGUGGUCAAAAGCAACGUGUUGCUUUGGCCCGUGCUGUUUAUUCACAUGCAAAGACCGUGCUUCUGGACGACUGCCUUAGUGCUGUUGAUGCACACACUGCCAAGCACAUCUACCAGCGUUGUAUUAAAGGCGACCUUCUCAAGGGGCGUACGGUAAUUUUGGUAACCCACCAUGUGCGUCUUUGCUUGCCCGCUGCAAAAUUUGUCAUGAAAUUUGAGCGUGGCGCUGUGGCCGGCUAUGGAUAUAUUGAAUCUCUUAGAGAAGACGAUUCUCUAAUCAGUCUUUUGGGCGAAGAAAUUAUCGACAACAAUGAGUAUCCUGAAGAUCUUAUCGAAGAAGCGGACGAAGAAUUCGAUUUAAUUGACGAUAAUGCAGAUGUCCAUAAUAUGAUCAAAGAAGAGAAAACCGAGAAAGGACAUGUAAAUUAUAAAGUGUACUCAACCUACUUUUACGCAUGUGGUGGCUGGUUUUUCUGGAAUACACUCUUGUUAUCUUUUUUAAUUGCCCGAGCAUUAGUAUUCGGAGAGAAUUGGUGGUUGAGACUCUGGGCUGCAAGCAGAAGUACAUCAGGAGAGCCUAUAGGAAAUCUUACUGCUACUGCAGUUCCUAUGAUUUAUAAUGGAAUGUCGUAUUUUAACCAAGUUAUCAAAGAUCAAAAUGUGUUCCAGUCCUGGGUGCAUGAAGACGACCAGCCAAGAAGCGUAGAUUACUACAUUUCUGUGUACCUGUGUAUUUGCUUUGGUUUUAUCUUCUUCAAUUCUCUCCGUAGCGUCUUUCUCUACUGGGGCUCAUUGCGUGGUGCAAGAAUCAUAUUUAAAAGCUUGCUACACAGAAUAAUACACUCGCCUAUGCGCUUUUUCGACACAACUCCCAUUGGCCGUAUUCUCAACCGCUUUGGAAACGACUUAGCUACGGUAGACAUCAACGUCGCUCGUGCUAUCAGUCGUUUACUCGAGCAGAUUACAUCUCUUGCUGUGUCUGUCCUUGUAAUGUGUGUUAUCACACCCCAGUUUGCAGUAGUUGUGUUCUUUGUCGGAGCACUAUAUAUCUUGAUUGGCUUAUUCUACCUACGCGCGUCACGUCAGUUCAAGCGUAUCAACUCUGUCACUCGAUCACCCAUUUACUCGCACUUUACCGAAACUCUUAUGGGACUUACCACAAUCCGUGCUUACUGCCAAGAAGACAACUUUCAGCUUAACCUUUACCAAAAGAUUGAUAAUCAUAUAGCGCCUUUCUACCUUUUGUGGAUGACCAACCGUUGGCUGUAUGCUCGCAUAGAGUUUGCUGGCACAUUUAUUACUUUGUUUAUCGGUGUCUUCCUCCUUAAAAACCUUGAUACCAUUGAUGCUGGUAUGGCUGGUAUCUCCUUUUUCUAUGCCCGUUCAUUCCUGGAUAAUAUCUACUGGAUCAUCCGCAUGUACACCCAGGUUGAGAUGUUCCUAAAUUCAGUCGAGCGUGUUCAAGAGUACACUGAAAUAGAGCAGGAGGCUCCUGCCGUUAUCAGUGGGAGCCGCCCCCCUGCUGCUUGGCCCACGACUGCCUCUGUUGAAGUAAAAGAUCUCGUGGUUGGGUAUGCAGCAAACCUUGAUCCUGUACUUCAUGGAAUCUCUUUUGACAUUCGAUCUCACGAAAAAGUGGGUAUUGUUGGACGCACUGGAUCAGGAAAGAGCACCCUCACACUCAGUUUCUUCCGUUUCCUCGAACCAACCAGCGGAAGUAUCGCUAUCGAUGGCAUUGACAUUACUCAUAUUGGUGUACAGGAUCUUCGUUCCAAGCUCACAAUUAUUCCCCAAGAUGCCGUUUUGUUCUCUGGAACUAUCCGUUCCAACCUCGAUCCUUUUGAAGAAUACACAGACAGCGCAGUCUGGGAAUCUCUGGUUAGAGCCCACCUUUCUUCCGAAAGCCGUGACGAGGAAGUUGCAGAAGGAAAUGCUACCUGGGCUGUCACUAGUCUUAACCAAACUGUGAGUGAUGGUGGUAACAACUUUUCUCAAGGGCAACGUCAGCUACUUUGCAUGGCUCGCGCAUUGCUCAAGAACAGCAGACUUAUUAUCAUGGACGAAGCUACCGCCAGUGUUGAUUUCGAGACUGACAAGAAGAUUCAGAACACAAUUCGCGAAGAGUUUGUCAACUCGACUUUGAUCUGUAUUGCCCAUCGCCUGAGAACUAUUAUGGAUUACGACCGAGUUUUGGUGCUCGAUCAAGGCAAGAUUAUUGAAUAUGACACACCCGCAAACCUGUUGAUCAAUGAUGCUGGUACCGGUCUAUUCAAAUCAAUGUGUGAGAAGUCCGGUGAACUCGAUGUGUUGAUCGAAAUGGCUCAUAGUGCAGAAAAAUUAAGUGAUUCAGGCAAGAUGUUUGAACAAGCUGAUCAGCACACAACCAGCCGCCAAGAUUAA